CCGCCAUGGCACGAGGCCUGGCGCUGCUGCUGCUGCUGCUGCUGGUCUCGGCCGUGACGGCGGACCCCGAGGGCAGCGGGAGCUCCGCGCCGUGGGACGGCGAUGAAGACGCCAACAGCAUGCCGGAGGAGGCAGCGAGGGCUCAGGAGGACUGGCUGCUGCAGGCGGACCAGCCCCUCGUGGAGGACGACGGACCGGAGGACACCGGCGCGGAGCCCCCGGAGGGAGCCGUGUCGCUCGCCUUCGUGUUCGACUCGACGGGCUCCAUGUGGGACGACCUGCUGCAGGUGCGCGCCGGCGCGGAGCGCAUCAUGGCGGCCAUGCUGGAGGAGCCGGACAGCCCCGUCUACAACUACGUGCUGGUGCCGUUCAAAGAUCCCGCCGUGGGCCCCGUGACGGUGACCCGCAGCCACGGCAGGUUCCGGCAGUCGCUGCAAGACAUCCGCGUGAACGGCGGCGGCGACUGCGCCGAGACCUCCAUCGCGGCGGUGGCCGCGGCCCUGGAGGCCAGCCUGCCGCGCUCCUUCGUCUUCGUGUUCACGGACGCGCGCUCCAAGGACUACCGCCUGGUGCCCGCCGUGCUGGCGCUCGUGCAGAGGAAGCAGACCCAGGUGGUGUUUGUCCUGACGGGAUACUGUCACGACUUGACCCACGAGGGUUACCUCGCGUACGAGAAAAUAGCCGCCACCAGCCUGGGACAGGUGUUCCACAUCAAGAAACAAAACGUGGAAGAGAUCCUGGAGUUCGCCCGCCACUCGCUGUCCUCGCGGCGCGUGAACCUGCUGUCGGCGAGCGGCCUCGCCAACCAGACGACGCGCCACCGCCUGCAGGUGGACGGCUCGCUGAGCGAGUUCAUGGUGUCCGUGUCGGGCCGCAAGCCGUCGCUCGCCGUGACGGACCCGCGCGGCUCGGCCGUGCUCGCGCCGCCGCUCGUCGACCUGGAGAACGUGCGCGUGGUGAGCGUGAAGCAGCCCGGGCCCGGCCCGUGGACGCUGCGGGUCGCCAGCCACACGGACCACGUGGUGCGCUCCACGGGCGUCAGCGCCGUCGACUUCGUCACCGGGUUCGCCGUGGCUCCCACCGUGGACCCGGACCAGGCCUCGCGCCGCCCGCUCAAAGGAGCCAACUCGUCGGUGCUGACGAGGGCGACGGAGAGCGGCAGGGUGCACAACCUGACGGCGAUGAAGCUCGUGGGGCUGGACAACCGCGUGCUCGCGGAGAUAGCGCUGCAGAGGGCGCCGGGCCGCCAGGAGGUGUACGUCGGCGGCCCGGUCUUCCCGCCGUACGAGUUCUUCUACAUCGAGGUGAAUGGCUUUGAUAAAGAAGGUUAUCCCAUCAAGAGACUAUCUCCUACGGCAAUUACCAGCCAGGACCCAGCGCCUCCGGUGGUGACCAUCCAGCCGCGCACGGCCGGCUGGAUCGGCGAUCCCGCCGUGCUCAAGUGCCACGUGGAGUCCUUGGUGCCCUUCAAGGUCAUGUGGUUCAAGGACGGCAGUCCCGUCAGCGGCUUCAUCACCUACCAGCAGACGAGCAAGGUGACGUGGGGCGUGCCGAGCGUGUCGCAGGCCGCGGAGGGCAACUACACCUGCUGGGCCAGGAACUCCGCCGGGGUGCACAAGGGAGCCACCUUCCUCUCCGUCUCAGGUCCUCCCCCCGAGGUGCGCACCGCGGACCAGGUGAUGGCGUCUCCCGGCUCCAGCGCAGCCCUGCACUGCGAGGCGCGCAGCCUGCUGCCGCACCACGUGACCUGGGCGCGGGCCAACCACUCCUCGCGGCCGUCUGCGGAUGACUUGGAGGCGAUAAAAAGUGACGAAAGAGUUUCAGUGCUCGAUAACGGCACGCUAAUUGUUGACUCGGUCACCACAGAAGACGAGGGCUGGUAUGUGUGCAUUUCUGAGAACAAAGGUGGUAGAGACGAGGGCAGUGUGUUCCUUGCUGUGCGGGAACCACUCACAGUGACUGUAGCCCCAGAGUCGUUCACUUUCACGCAAGACGAGAAUAUUACCAUUUCUUGCACAGCCUCUGGUGUUCCAAAACCUAAGGUCACGUGGAUGAAAAAUGGCAGUAGAAUCGUGGACCUGCCGAACAGCAGAAUCAAACUGGUCGAAGAUCAGGAAAACGGCAUCAACAUUGUGAUAGGCAGUGCCCGGAGCUUUGAUGAAGGGCUGUACCAGUGCGAGGCGGAGAAUGAUUUGGAGACAGUGGGCGGGUCGUCGUCGGCGCGGUACGUGGAGGCGCCCGUGCUGACCGCCGAGGAAGGGCGCGUGCUGGCCAAGGUCGGGGACAAGGUCACUCUGCGGUGCCGCGCGACCGGGGUGCCGCGGCCCACCGUCACGUGGGCCAGGCUGCAGGCGGACCCGCGGCGCGAAGCCGAAAGCCAGGCCGCCGCGCUCGACGGCAGCUUGCAGCUCGUCGACGCGAGGCUGUCCGACGCCGGCACCUGGGUGUGUCGCGGGCGGAACGAGGCGGGCUCGCACGAGGCCUCGGUGGCGCUGGACGUCGGCACGCCGCCGGAAGUGCUCCAGCCGCCCGUGGACGUGGAGGUGCGGUUCGGCGGCAGCGGCGUGGUGCCGUGCGUGGCGGUAGGCAGCCCCCGGCCCGCCGUCAGCUGGCGGCGCGAGGACGGGGCGCCGCUCGACGAGGCGCGCUUCUCCGCGGGCGAGGGCGGGCUGCACGUCGCAGGAGCUGUUAUCGACGAUCAGGGCACUUAUGUGUGCACCGUUGAAAACAUCCUGGGGACUGUCCAGAUGUCAGCCCGCUUGAAUAUUACCGGAUUUUCCGCCCCGGUGCUGGACGCGGCGGCCGGGCCCAGCCUGACGCUGCUGCGCGGGCAGGCGGCGCGGCUGCCGUGCCGCGCGCUGCUGGGGGAGCCCCCGCCCGCGCUGUCCUGGCUCAAGGACGGGCAGCCGCUGCGCGCGGGGCGCUGGCCGGGGCUCGGCCUGGCGCCCGACGGCUCGCUGCUCGUGCUGCACGCCGCGCCGCAGCUGCAGGGCAGCUACUCGUGCGUGGCGACCAGUCCGGCGGGCAGCGCCGCGCGCACCACGCAGCUGCGCGUGCUGGAGCCGCCCAGAUUCCAGGCGCACGCUGACUUCCAGGGUCCGGUGCACAAGAUGGCGGCCGGCGAGAGCACGCGCCUGCCCUGUCACGUGCGGGGCCAGCCCAAGCCCUCCGUCACGUGGGAGAAGGAUGGCGCGCCCCUGCCACCCUCGGCCACCGUGUUCAAGAACCACUCGGACGACAGUCUGAUGAUCAUAAAUGCCACGGAAGCGACUAGCGGGACCUACACGUGCAUUGCUGCGAACUCUGCAGGAGCCGAGAACAAGUCAUUCGCCGUCUUUGUGCAAGUUCCUGCCAAGAUAGCAACUUCGUCAUCGGACCUGACCACUAUAGAGGGUGGGCGUGUGAACAUGUACUGCGUGAUAGAAGCGGUGCCUGCUGCCACAGUCCUGUGGUACAAGAACAACCACUCCCUCUCCGAAGACCAAUACGAGAUGGUCAUGAUGGAUGGUACUGCAAAACUCAGUUUUGUGGCGAAUUUCUCUGAUAAUGGCGUGUUCAAGUGUGUGGCUGCGAAUGAAGUUGGCACGGAUGAAACUGAGAUUCCCCUCAACGUUGUUGUGCCGCCCAGCAUCUACCCCCCGGACGACCAGUUCUUGAAGGUGAACGCUGGCGAGUCCGUGGCCUUGGACUGCCAGGCGCACGGGUACCCGACGCCCACUGUCUCUUGGCAGAAGAAUGGGGCACCCAUCACAAACGCCACCAACGUCAGUGUGACCGCAGACUUCACCCUGCGCGUGGGCGACGUUCGGCCGAGCGCGGCGGGGGUGUACGUGUGUGAUGCCGAGAGUCCCGCCGGCAUCUCCCAGAAGACCUUCUACCUCGUUGUCCACGUUCUCCCCAAGAUCCACGAGGACCUGCCCAACUACAUCCAGCUGAAGGAAGGAGAGGACUACGCUCUGCCUUGCUCAGCUGAGGGCAUCCCCACGCCCUCCGUCACAUGGAGGAAGGACGACAUUGACGUCACCAGCAACCAGUUCGAAAACUUGACUGUACUCGAAGACAGUACUCUGAUCAUCACCUCUGCCUCUCCAAGCACGACCGGACUGUACACAUGUGUUGCUGAGAACAUUGAUGGCGAGGACACGAAACAUUUCAUCGUGGAAGUCAUGGUGCCGCCAUCCACGACGAACCCGCAAGUCACCAGACUGGAGGUGAUUAGCGGCGACUCAGUUCUCAUGACCUGCCCCGACGUGGAAGCCGUGCCUCCGCCGACAUUCACAUGGCUGAAGGAGGGAGGCCCGGCGCUGGGCGUGAGGGACGCCGGCCGGACGCUGCUGGUGCGGGAGGCGGCGCCGGCGGACGGCGGGGGCUACGCCUGCGUCGUGAGGAACCAGGCCGGCCGCGCCCAGGCCUCCUUCAGCCUGGAGGUGCUGUCCCCACCGAGGCUGGAGCCGGCGCCGGGCGGUGAGGACCGGCCGGGCAGCGUGCUGGAAGGAUCGCCCCUCGUGCUGCGCUGCCCCGUCGUCGGCAACCCCGCCCCCGUGGUGUCGUGGCGGAAGAAUGACGUGCCUGUGACGGCGCACACGGCCCCAGGCACACUGCUGUCAUCGGAUGGUCAGGUGCUCACAGUGCCGAGAGCACGUCCUCACAACUCUGGUCGCUACCGCUGUGUCGCUGCCAACAAGGUGGGACAUGCUAGCCGGGACUUCCUCGUCUCCGUCAUUGUUCCACCACACUUGGACGGGCCGACCAAUGAAAUACACGAGGUUCUGGAAGGGGAGCCCAUCCUCCUGCAGUGCCCAAUAGCAGGUGUUCCUGAGCCCGCCAUCAGCUGGUCCAGAGACGGGCGAAGCUUGAAGCUGAAUGAAGACCAGGAACUAAUAGUGUCUGAUGACAAGAGGAUUCUUGAACUGUCCACGACAGAGAAAUACGACGAAGGCAUGUACAGGUGCAUGGGUACCAACGCAGCAGGAUCGCAGACGAAAAUGUUCAACAUAACAGUUUUAGAGGCGCCGCAGAUCCAGCAGGAGCACUUCAUCGAGGAGCUGGAGGUGCGAGAGGGAGGCGGUGCGGAGCUGGCCUGCCGGGUGUCGGGCGUCCCGGCGCCGCAGGUGGUGUGGCUUCACAACGGGCGCGUGGCAGGCCCGGGCGAGGGCGACGCUGGCGACUCUCGGCGCCACCUGCUCCGCCUGGGCCCCGUGGGCGCCUCCGCCGGCGGCAAGUACACCUGCCUCGCCUCCAACAGGGUGGGCGUCGCCGAAAAGAACUUCCGCGUCGCCGUGCUGCUGUCGCCGCGGAUGCUGGAGGGCGCAGACAGCGCCGGAGGCACCGCCGUGGAGUCGCUGGAGGGUCUGCCGGUGACCUUGACGUGCCCCGUGGUGGGCGGCACGGGGAUGCAGGUGCGCUGGACCAGGGACGGCCGCCCGCUGAACGAGGAGGCCCAGGGCUCCACGCUGGUCAUCGAGGCUGCUCGAGUGCAGCACUCGGGCAACUACACGUGCAUGGCGGGCGACGCCGGCGACCGCGUGUCCCAGACCUUCCUGCUCGACGUCAUGGCGCCGCCCGCGGUGGCCGACGAGCAGCGCGAGACGGACCUGGUGGUGCGGGCGGGCCGGGAGCUGCGACUGCACUGCAACGCCACGGGGCACCCGCCCCCCGACGUCCUCUGGCUCAAGGGUGCGGCGCCCGUCGCCGAGCGGGAGGGCCUGGGCGCCGCGCUGCAGGACCACGGCCGCACUCUGGUCAUCCCCUCGGCCAGCAUGCACCACAGUGGGCAGUACUCGUGCCUGGCGAACAACAAGGCCGGCACCUCGGAGAUGACCUUCUAUGUCGAGGUGCAAGAGCCCCCUCACCUGGAUGACUCGCCCCUCGAUCUCAACCACACCGUGAAGCUGCACCGUCGGUUGAUGCUGAGAUGUCCUCUGACUGGGUCGCCGGCACCCAAGAUCACGUGGUUCAAAGAUGGCGUAGCGGUGCUCGCUGACGGCGGCAGCAGCAGCCUGCAUGUGUCCUCGGACGGCCGGCAGCUACACCUCAUGCAGGCGCGCGCCACGGACGCCGGCGAGUACUCCUGCCUCGCCGAGAACUCGGCCGGCUCCGACGAGGCCUUCUUCGACGUCCGCGUGCAAGUGCCUGCCGAGUGGAGCGCCUGGUCGCCGUGGAGCGACUGCAGCGCCACGUGUGGGCCCGGGGAGAGGCUGCGAGUGCGCGAGUGCGGGGAGCAGGGGGGCCCCGACCCCUCCCGCGACCCCUGCCCGGGGGACGCCCAGCAGACCCAGGCCUGCUUCAUGUCCGUGUGCCAGGUGGACGGUGGCUGGAGCGACUGGACGGAAUGGACUUCGUGCUCAGUGUCGUGUGGCCGCGGCACACGACGCCGCUACCGGAAGUGCGACCGGCCGGAACCGGCGUACGGCGGACGACCCUGCCUCGGCUCUGACGGCCAGCAGGAGGCAUGCGCGCGCAACCCCUGCCCCGUGCACGGCGGCUGGUCCGGCUGGUCGGCGUGGAGCGAGUGCUCUGCGUCCUGCGACGAGGGGUCGCGGUACCGCACGCGCGCCUGCAGCAGCCCCUCGCCGGCGUACAAUGGCUCGCGCUGCGUCGGCGCCGACAUGGAGAGCGACUCCUGCCACGUCCGCAGGUGCCCAGUGGACGGCAGCUGGUCGCAGUGGGUUCGCUGGACUGCGUGCUCGGCGGAGUGCGGCUCAGGCUUCCGGCGACGGUACCGCAGCUGCGCCCAGCCAGAGCCCCAGUUCGGGGGCGCCCCCUGCUCCGGCGACAACCUCCAGAUAGAGAAGUGUGAGGGCACCAGCUGCGGCCGCGCGCCCCUGGCGGCCGAGCUGCGGGUCAGAGGUCGGCUGAACGGGCACGACAUGGGCGACAGCGUGAUCGCAGCCCGCGUGCAGGACCGUGGGCACCAGCGCCUCGUCACUGCCGCCGCGCCCGAGGUGCUCCAGCUCAAGGCCCAGUGGUUCCCGUACGUGCCCUUCGUGCUCUCGCCCGUGCUGUGGAGCACCGCCAAGGAGGAGCAGGACGCCAGCAACGGCUACUCUCUGACCCGGGGCAACUUCCGCCAGGACUCCCUGAUGGAGUUCGUGGGCGGGGAGGAGUUGAGGGUGACACACACCGGCAGAGGUCUGGACGAGUACGGCACACUCAGAGUCGACAUAGAAGUGAACGGGGCUGUGCCCUUCGUGCAGCCAGAGGCCUCUGUCACCAUCAAGCCGUACGAGGAGGAUUACAUUCAGACCGGGCCGAAUACGUUGUUUGCCACCUCGACGAAUGCGCUCAGUGUUGAUGGAAAAGAACUACCCUACUCGUGGAACAACACCGUCCAUUACGAUUCCCUACAGGGCACCAUGCCGUACCUGGUGGAAAAGCUGUCGGCUGCAAACAUCGGGCUGCAGUUUGACCGCGAGCGUCAGGAGGUGCGGGUGUCUGCCAGCAGCAGCAUCAGCCGCAAGUUCGACCAGGACAAGUGCCCCGAAGGCUUUGCGCUGAACGAGAAGUUCAUGCACUGUGCAGACGUGAACGAGUGCCGUGACAAGCUGGCCAAUGGCUGCCACUACACUCAGCAGUGCGAGAACCUGUUCGGCAGUUACCGCUGCUACUGUCGCCCGGGGUUCAGCUCGCUGGGUGCUGGCAAGCGCUGCCAGGACGUCGACGAGUGCGCCCAGCACCCGCCGGUCUGCGCUCACAUCUGUCGCAACAAGAAAGGAGGCUACAAAUGCUCGUGUUACCCUGGAUUCGUGUUGCAGUUUGACGGCAAGACAUGCUCGUCAGCUGCAGCGGGGCCGACCUGGAAGCGUGCCAACAGCUCCUCGCUGCAGGGCUGGGGCUGUCCCCGCGGCCACCGGCUCGUCGGAGGCGUCUGCGCAGAUGUGGACGAGUGCGUGGACGCGGCAAAUGCCUGCGGGCCUGAGCAGACCUGCCUCAACUCCCGCGGGGGGUUCACCUGUCUGGACACUCCUUGCCCGCCCCACUACGAGAGAGAUGGCGAAUCAGGCAGGCACUGCGUGCAAUUCUGUGACGAGGAUGGCGCCGACUGUGCAACGGGGGCGCGGCUCAUGGAGACGGUGAUCCACACGGCGCUGGCGCCAGGCGCCGUGCGGCCCUACCAGGACCUCAUGGUGCUGGCCGUGCAUGGGGAGGACGGCCUCAAGCUGGCGAGGACGCGCUUCCACGUCGUCGAGAACGAGAUUGGAAAACCAUUCAGAGUACGUUUUGAAAAUGGUCAAGGAAUACUCUACACUUUACGGUACUUGAAACCAGAGAUCAUUCACAGGGUAUCAAUACUAGCAUCAUCAUACGACGAAGGGGAAAGAAGCAUCCUGUAUUCAACUACGUUUGUAGUAUUUAUAUUGCUGCCAGAAGAAUAGUGAUCUACGAGCAUUGCAACAAGUUAUUGGUUGUUUUACCAGUGCUUCAGCCAUAGAUCCCAGGAACAUCGCUAUAGGGCAUUCCAGUUGAUGUGUAUAUUUUGGAAUCUAUUUCUUACACUCACUCCUGUCAAAAACUGAAUAAAACAUAACUGAAACAUA